GGCCGCGAGGAGGGAGGGGAGAGGAGGAGGGAGGGGGAGAGAGGGAGGGGGCCGAGGAAGACGCUCCGAUAACCCGUGCGUUUCGUAAGGCUCGGAGCACUUGUGCAUUUCUGCAGGCGCGCGGCGAGCCAUUCGCGGCGGCUGCUGCGGCUCCGACUGCAUCUUCCCCUCCUCCCGGCGCCGGGUGUAUGGAUGUGUGAGUGUGUGUGAGUGUGUGUAUUUUGCAGGUGUGUCCGUUUUAAUUCUGCCCAGUAGGUGGGACUUGGUGACUUUCGCACCAUAUUUUCCUUUUGCCUUUUUUUUUUUUUUUUUUUUUUGCCUCCCCACCGUCUGUUGCCACCCUGCAAAGUCUCGGAGUCGGAGAGCAGUCGGCUCGCUUCCCGAGCCCCCGGACCCGGCGAGCCGGCGAGCGCCGAGCCGGCCACCAUGCCAGGCAGACCGCGGCACUAGGCGCUCCCCGCGGCUCCCACCCAGCGGCGGCGGCGGCGGCCGCGAUGGUUUCAGACGCUGAAGGAUUUUGCAUCUGAUCGCACGGCGUUUCAAAGGCAGAGGCCCCCUCCCCCUUCCCCCCUCCCUCGCCGUCUUUGUUUCCUUCCCCCCCCAGCUCUCCCCACUCCCCCCACCCCACCCCCUCUCCUCUCCUCCUCCUCUUUUUUAGAAGCAGCGAUCGGAGAUGGAUGUCUCUCUUUGCCCAGCCAAGUGUAGUUUCUGGCGGAUUUUCUUGCUGGGAAGCGUCUGGCUGGACUAUGUGGGCUCCGUGUUGGCUUGCCCUGCAAAUUGUGUCUGCAGCAAGACUGAGAUCAAUUGCCGGCGGCCGGACGAUGGGAACCUCUUCCCGCUCCUGGAAGGGCAGGAUUCAGGGAACAGCAAUGGGAACGCCAGCAUCAACAUCACGGACAUCUCAAGGAAUAUCACUUCCAUACACAUAGAGAACUGGCGCGGUCUGCACACGCUCAACGCUGUGGACAUGGAGCUCUAUACUGGCCUCCAAAAGCUGACCAUCAAGAACUCAGGACUUCGGAACAUCCAGCCCAGAGCCUUCGCCAAGAACCCCCACUUGCGCUAUAUAAACCUGUCAAGUAACCGGCUCACCACACUCUCAUGGCAGCUCUUCCAGACGCUGAGUCUUCGGGAAUUGAGGUUGGAGCAGAACUUCUUCAACUGCAGCUGUGACAUCCGCUGGAUGCAGCUGUGGCAGGAGCAGGGGGAAGCUAAGCUCAACAGUCAGAACCUCUACUGCAUCAGCGCCGACGGCUCCCAGCUGCCGCUCUUCCGCAUGAACAUCAGCCAGUGCGACCUUCCCGAGAUCAGCGUGAGCCAUGCCAACCUGACAGUGCGAGAGGGCGACCAUGCUGUCCUCACCUGCAACGGCUCAGGCUCGCCCCUGCCCGAUGUGGACUGGAUGGUCACCGGACUGCAGUCCAUCAACACCCACCAGACAAAUCUGAACUGGACUAACGUACACGCCAUCAACCUGACGCUGGUAAAUGUGACGAGUGAGGACAACGGCUUCACCCUGACGUGCAUCGCUGAGAAUGUGGUGGGCAUGAGCAAUGCCAGCGUGGCCCUCACUGUCCACUACCCCCCGCGUGUGGUGAGCCUGGAGGAGCCCGAGCUGCGCCUGGAGCACUGCAUCGAGUUCGUGGUGCGCGGCAACCCGCCGCCCACACUGCAUUGGCUGCACAAUGGCCAGCCGCUGCGUGAGUCCAAGAUCAUCCACGUGGAGUACUACCAGGAGGGCGAGGUCUCCGAGGGCUGCCUGCUCUUCAACAAGCCCACCCACUACAACAACGGCAACUACACCCUCAUCGCCAAGAACCCCUUGGGCACCGCCAACCAGACCAUCAAUGGCCACUUCCUCAAGGAGCCCUUUCCAGAGAGCACGGAUAACUUUGUCUCUUUCUACGAAGUGAGCCCCACCCCUCCUAUCACUGUGACCCACAAACCAGAGGAAGAUACUUUUGGGGUAUCCAUAGCAGUUGGACUUGCUGCUUUUGCCUGUGUCCUGUUGGUGGUUCUGUUUAUCAUGAUCAACAAGUAUGGGCGACGGUCCAAAUUUGGAAUGAAAGGUCCUGUGGCUGUCAUCAGCGGUGAGGAGGACUCGGCUAGUCCCCUGCAUCACAUCAACCAUGGCAUCACCACGCCCUCGUCGCUGGAUGCCGGGCCAGACACGGUGGUCAUCGGCAUGACCCGCAUCCCGGUCAUCGAGAAUCCCCAGUACUUCCGUCAGGGACACAACUGCCACAAGCCAGACACAUACGUGCAGCAUAUUAAAAGGAGAGACAUCGUGCUGAAGCGAGAGCUGGGCGAGGGAGCCUUUGGAAAGGUCUUCCUGGCCGAAUGCUACAACCUCAGCCCCACCAAGGACAAGAUGCUUGUGGCUGUGAAGGCCCUGAAGGACCCCACCCUGGCAGCCCGGAAGGAUUUCCAGAGGGAAGCCGAGCUGCUCACCAACUUGCAGCAUGAGCACAUCGUCAAGUUCUACGGGGUGUGCGGGGAUGGGGACCCCCUCAUCAUGGUCUUUGAGUACAUGAAGCAUGGAGACCUGAACAAGUUCCUCAGGGCCCAUGGGCCAGAUGCAAUGAUCCUUGUGGAUGGGCAACCGCGCCAGGCGAAAGGCGAGCUGGGGCUCUCCCAGAUGCUCCACAUCGCCAGUCAGAUCGCCUCCGGCAUGGUGUACCUGGCCUCCCAGCACUUCGUGCACCGGGACCUCGCCACCAGGAACUGCCUGGUUGGAGCCAACCUGCUGGUGAAGAUUGGAGACUUCGGCAUGUCCAGAGAUGUCUACAGCACCGAUUACUACAGGGUGGGAGGACAUACCAUGCUCCCGAUUCGCUGGAUGCCCCCCGAAAGCAUCAUGUACCGGAAGUUCACUACGGAGAGUGACGUGUGGAGCUUUGGGGUGAUUCUCUGGGAGAUCUUCACCUAUGGAAAGCAGCCAUGGUUCCAGCUCUCAAACACAGAAGUCAUCGAGUGCAUCACCCAAGGCCGUGUUUUGGAGCGGCCCCGAGUCUGCCCCAAAGAGGUGUAUGAUGUCAUGCUGGGGUGUUGGCAGAGGGAACCACAGCAGCGGCUGAACAUCAAGGAGAUCUACAAGAUCCUCCAUGCUUUGGGGAAAGCCACCCCCAUCUACCUGGACAUCCUUGGCUAGCAGUGGCCGGUGGUCACAAAUCCAUAUUCUGUUGCCUCUUCUCUCCUGGCCUCACCCCAUCCCUCUUUUCCACCUCACAGACUAUUUUCUUCCAUCCUUGACUGAAGCAAACAUCUUCAUAUAAACUCAAGUGCCUGCUACACAUACAACACUGAAAAAGAAAGAGAAAAACCCUGUAAGGCAGUUUGGCAUAUAUAUAUAUAUAUAUAUUUAUAUAUCUAACUAUCUAUCUAUCUAUAUCUACAGAGAGAUACCCUCUUCUCUAAUGCACAGAGAAGCUGCUGAUACAGAAACUGCAAGACUGUAAUGACAACCCAGAAAAUCUUAUAUAUUAUGAACGCAAUUGGAAAUUUGCGUAGGUGUAGGCUGUGGCCUGUAUUUCUUCAGCUCUGUCUUUUGAGAGUGGAAGAUCUUAAAGAUGCAGAGAGACAAUCUUUGUAUUGGGAUGGGAGGAGCUGGGGAGGAGUGCCAACCACUUCUGCAUGGGUGUGAUCACCUGCACAGGUGUGUUAGCCUCAAGCUCUACACAGGCGCAUGGGCAGACCGUGUUAACAGGGUCAGAAAGGAAAGAAUACCAGACCAGGGGCCACUGGAACACCUCACGCCUCCCCUGACCAUCGUCUCCACCGCCUUCCUCCUCUCCACCACUUCCGGACAAUUUUCUAACUUGUUCUUUCUGGAAAGUACAGUCCUCAUGCUUUGGGGAGUCAACAGUGGCGCCUACAAGUAAACACUGAACAAACAACAGCAAAACACGAAACCAUGGCCACAGUGGACUACAUCCAUCUGGGUGUAAACCACGCCUUCCUUUCUAAAUCUGAAAGAGAGGUGUCAUCUAUCCUCUGAACUUCAAAAACUGGACUUGCUGGAUUUAACGAGCCACAGAAUUAAAAGCCGAAAUCUGAACCCUGUCAUGGCACUGCCUUCUGUCUUUCCAUCAGGCAAAGACUCCUUGGCCUCGCCUCCCACAUUCAGGCUGCUGGGGAGAUAAGGGGGGCUUUGGACACCCCCAUGUUGUCUGUAAAUGUGGAUGUAGCAGGGUUCCAACAGCAGGAGAGUUCUUGCCUCGCAGGUGUUUGAAGGUGUGCCCCCUCUGGGUCCUCCGUGUCUCAUCCUGUCUCCUCUAGAUUCUAGCUUCCACUUCUUGGGAGCCCUGUUAAGCCCCAGGUAAACCCCGCUGCUGGAAAAGGGGGCCAGGUCCAGCCAGAGGCACAGGCAGUGCUUGUUUCAGAGAGUCAGGUGAUGGUGUGGGCAGGAGCCAGCAGGGGAGACUCUAUUUGGCACCUGCACCUGGCCCCUUGGCAUUCCCCUCACGUUUCCAGCCCCUGGAAGGAUUGAUGCAUCUGCCUUUGAGCCGCUGUGAAAAUGCAGGGGCUGAGGAAUCGCUUUUGUGGGCUGGGGGCGGGGGAGGGGCCGAGGCUGCUUUGGGAGGCGUCCAAUGGCCACCGCUGCGGGCUGGGCAUCUUAAUGAGGAUGGAGCCCCGACCAGGGAGAGAGAACGAAGAAGCAUCUGGGCUGGGGCCAGCUGCGUCUGCCCCGGCACCAGGGGGAUCACUGCCUUCUCAGUGGCUGCUGUCAAGGACCAUGAUGGGGUGGGUCUCUGGGCCCCCUGACCCAUGACCACAAGAGGCCCAUGGAAACCGACAGCCUGGCCCCAGGGAGCCCUCCCGCGGGGGAGGAGAGGCUGUGCUUCUCCCAGGCCACCGGCCCUACCGAAUGGACUGGCCUUUUGCCCAACUGGCAUCUCCGGGUCCCCUGACCUGCCUCCCUCUCUGCCAGCUUAAGGGACAAUCGGCAGCCUGGACGUUCUGGUCAGCUGCUGGACAGUCAUCCUGUGUGGGGUUCGGGAGACUGAAUUCUGUGUUUGUGGCUUUGCUUCUUUUUUUAAGACCCACAAAUAUUUUUAUCCGGAUAGAAAAGAGCAGCGCUCAGACGGUGGGGCACGGGUGCGCUGCGGCGAGGGGCGAGGCUGCUGAGUGGGCUGCGAGGGGUGGGGAGGGAGUCAGAGUUGGGUGUGGGCUUUCUCACUGUGCUGUGCUCCCCACCCCUGGGACUUUUGAGAAGAGCUCUUGGGAUGGACCACCUCAAAGGAAUCCUGUGCUGUCCUAUGGCAGUUGACCCCUCGGGCCACUCAAGGGCUGCUGAUGCUGGGUUGAACUCUGCGGUCUGGUUUGGUCCUAGCUAAAUGAAAGACAGGUGUUCCAGGAGGGAACGGUCGGGAGGUCCUGGGAGGAGGUUUCUCUUAGCGAGAGAUGAGUCCCCAAGUUUCCUAUUGCUGCCUCUUCCCCAACCCCCCAACACACACACUGCGUGGCUUCCAUCUUCCUGUCUGUGUGUUCUGGAACCUACAUUCCUAGAACCUCAGAGUCUCUGGUGGUCUUGAAGAUGGGGAGGUGAGAAGGGAUCAGUGGGCCACUGGGAAUUCAGAAUGCAGCAAGGUUUCAAUACAGGGUGCUGAGUCAUCCUGGCCUGAUGAAAGAAGGCAAUUCCUUUGCCAGCACGGAGGCUGGUGUUGUCAGAUUUCCCUCGUCCUAGUCCCGCGGGCCUCUGUGUUGGCCUGGGGGUCAUGCCCUCGUCACAUCCAUUGUCGGCAGCUGCCUCCUGUGAGAGUCCGAGAUGAAGGAUACAGAGGGGGAGGGCUUGCUUUCUUGCUGCCCUUGCUGUGAGCUCUGUGUAGAGUCUGCACAUUGACUUAUUAACCUCGGUGGGUAGCAAACAUCAAGAGUCUUUUUGGAAAGUGAAGGAGGCAGAGGAUGGGGCUGCAGCAAUGGAAAGGGUCCUCGGGGCUCUGGGGUGAGCCGAGUAGGUGUUUCCUUCUGUAGAGGGGCGGGACUGAGAAGGCGCCCCUGGGUCUCCAUGUCUGUAUCUGUGACAGGCAGGAUGUGCUUGCUCAACUUGGGCCCCUUCUUUGUUCUGAGAUUCUUAGAAUCAGCCCUAAAUCUCUGUGUCCUUUUUCCUCAGGGCCACUCUGGACUGCCAGGGGGAGCCCUCUGUAGACCCUGAAUGGGUGGGGGCAGUUGCCUCAGAAGUCUCAUCCUUCUGAACGUGGGUGGCUUCCGAAAAGACUCUCCUCUCUUCCUUGGCAGUCACAACGCUGCAGGGCUGAAGUGCCCGAGGUCACUUUAGUUCUCCUUCACCCUCCUAGCCUCCCUGCACACUCAAAAAGCCCUGGUAAAGGGUUAUUUAUUUGCUUAUUUAUUUUUAAAGAGCUGGAGGUGGUUAGAUGGGUUUUGAAAUGACACCCCAUUAGCCAAUAUGGCCACCCACAUCUAGAUCAAUCUCAUGGCCCGCUACCAAACUCCAUAGUUUAGAAGUCCAUGCCAGAGUGACUGGGAAGGGGCAUAGCAUCAUGCAAGCUCCUUUGUAGCUGUGGUGGAUGCGUGAGGUCCCCCAGGCUGGUCUCCUUGCCACGCCCUCCUCACCUGGUCCCCCCCAGACUGAGUGUGAGUGAGUUGCUGUUAGAUGCCCACCUGGGAAUAGGGUGCCAUGGCCAGGGUCCUUUCCAGUUCUUGACUUUGGCGGUGAACCCAAUGCUGUCCUCUGAUCUCUGAGUGGAUCUUGAGGGUCACAAAGCCUCGUUUAGUUAACAGACAAAAAUCUUGAUAUUUCCUCCACUCAGAAGAUGGUGUGCAAAUCAUCCCUGGAAAGAGACCUUCUACAGGAGGCAAAGGUUCCUUGGUCCUUCUGGGUUCAGGUUGACCAUGACUCUUUCUCCUCUGAUGCUUACUUUGCGGACUACACUAGUGCAACUAUUUUUGGUGCUAAAUACUACAAAACCAACACCAACGGUAGAACAGCCAGCCAGCCCAUUUUUAGAGCUGUAUGAGACUCAACUCAGAAGCAAAAGCAGGUCAGUCUUGCCUGGAGAGCACAGGAUACAUGGGAAGGUAGAUGAUGACAUGGAGUGGUGGGAAGACCUCUGAGAUUUCUGGCUUUGCUCUAGUUUCUCAGGGGAUGUUGGCCAAGUCAACUAGUCUUGCAGAUUGUCCUGUUUCUCAUCUGAGGCAUUUAGAAAGUUGGAAUGGUUAUCCUUAAGGUCUCUUUCAGUUAAAAAAUGUUGUGUUAUGUUCACACUUUUUUUUUAGACUUGCUUGUUAGAAAUAAGAAGGAAAAUAAAAGAUAGGUAAGGAGGAGAAGGAGGGAGCAUUAUCAGUGGUGGUUAAGAUAUUGAUUACAGAAGCCAAAUCAGACAGGCUCAGUGAUGAUUAGGUCUGGGGGUUGUUGGUGGAGGGAAGUCAAGCAGACAAGCCCAGGACCCAAUUUUCAUACCUUUAAGGAAGGCUGCCAACUGGCCCCUUGGUUGAUCUUACCAACCUGUCCCCCUCAACUGGUCAUGCUACUCCAUUCAACACCAACAUACCCAAAGUUGGCAGAAACUGUUCCAAGACUUGUAGACAGUGUGCCUGCUUACUCGUCAUACAGGUUGCUGGCAGUCUGAGUCAAACAAAAUUCAAGAGAUCUUUACUUUCACCUGCUAUUGUGAGGAGCUAGGGCGUUGAAAAGACAUCAGUGUUUUAAGUGGCAGACUAUUCAACAAAGUUCUGCUUCAUUCAGGCAUGAUGAGUGACUUUCUUGCCAUGUUUCCAAACAAAACAGCAGCAGUAUUGUUUUCACUCAAGGUAUGGUUGUUACUAUGGAUGGUCUUGAGGUCUGGGGUCUUCCUUAUGCUUUGCUCAGCGUCUGGAGCAGAGAAAUAGCUAUAGAUGUUUGUCGCAUGAGCCCAUGUGCUGCCAGUCUACAGAGCUGCCCUCAAAGGCCCCUGGACUAGCUAUUGUCAGCUUUGGCUGGGAGCCAGCCUGCUACUGAGCCCAUAGCAAUUGCCUCAGAGCAAAAAAUGAUUCUGUAACCAAUAAGGUUUUGGUUCCUGGAGCACCAGUAUCUUCUUUGAUAUCAAUCUUUUUUUUUUUUUUUUUUUUGCUACACUUAAUAGGUUUCAAAGGAAGAUUCCAAGUUUUUAUAUUAUCAUUAAGAUAUCAGUAUAGGCUUUAGAACAUGUUUUGGGAUUGCCUAACAUCACAGGGAAUCAUCUUAAGUCAUCUAAAGGAGAGUGAGUGAAUGAUAGUCAUUCAGUCAUGUCUGGCUCUUUGUGACCCCAUGGACUGUAGCCUGCCAGGCUACUCUGUCCAUGGAAUUCUCCAGGCAAGAAUACUGAAAUGGGUUACCAUUUCCUUUUCUACUUAUGGAGAGAAUAGGCCUAUAUACCUUAUAUGCUUAUAUCCACAUAUUUCACUGGAAAGACUUCAGUGGAGGUCCCCUUGGAGUAAGAAAGUCGAUUCCAUCAAGCUUCAUCAAUUUGAGCCUUACAUGUCUCAGGGAUGAGAAAUCCAGAGAUGGACUGGCCUAAGAGAUGUUCAGAAAGGUCCUGAUGGGAAAUCUGUUCUCUUGUAAAGUUCGAUCGUUGGGGGCUCCCUGAAUUAAAUUCUGCUGGUGAUGA